GCUUGAUACUUUUCCUCCCUUACCUCACUCUCCACUCUCCCCAAACACUACUCGUCGCCGCCGAUCACCUUCAAAUUGAAAGUUGAACUCUCAUCCCCGCCGUCACUUCAUCACCACACGCGAAUGAAGUUUUCCGACAACCUUACCUCACUGAAUCAUUAACAUCGAUGCAUGCUCACAAACAAUGAAAUAAAUAAAUCAUUAUCAUUUCCGAAAAACUUCAAAUUCAUCCGAACAAUCUCUAUCGACAAUAUGCAAAUAAGGUUUUCCAACAACCUUACCUCAAUCCUCCCGAACACUCUCCGCCGCUUCUUCUCCCAUCUCUCCACCACCCCACCACCACCACAACUCCUCCCCGACAAAAUCACUUCACCCGAACCCCAUCCCUCCAAACGCCUCUCUCAAAACCAAAUCUUGGAAACCCUCUUAACCCACAAAUCUAACCCCAAAUCCGCUUUCAAAUUCUUCAAAACCGUUGAGAAAAAACGAGGCUUCAUCAAAACCGUUGAUGUUAUCUGUUUACUGCUUCAGAUUCUAUCUUCCACCCCAGAGACUCACAGAUAUGUUCGAAGUUUGCUCAACCAAUAUGUUUCCGGAGAUGCUACUCCUUCUGCUAAGAUACUUGUAGAGCAGUUGCUGGAGUGUUCGGGAAGGUAUGGUUUCGAAACGGAUUCGGAGUCCGAUUCCAAUUCGCGGGUUUUGAAUUAUCUUUUGAAUAGUUUUGUUAGAGCGAAUAAGAUUACGGAUGCGGUUGAGUGUUUUAGAACUAUGUUGGAUCAUGAUGUGGUUCCGUGGGUUCCAAUUAUGAAUAUACUUUUGAGUGCGAUGGUUAGGAGGAGGAAUAUGGUUUGUAGUGCACGCGAGGUGUUUGAUGAAAUGGUUGAGAGAGGGAUUUAUGGGGAUUGUUAUACUUUGCAUGUGGUAAUGCGUGGGUGUUUGAAGGAAGGGAAGUUUGAGGAGGCGGGGAGGUUUUUUGAGGAGGCUAAGGGGAGAGGGUUGGUGCUUGAUGCGGCUGCGUAUAGUAUUGUUGUUCAGGCGGUUUGUAGGUUGGGGAAUUUGAAUUUGGCGUGUGGGUUGUUGAAGGAGAUGAGGGAGAUGGGGUGGGUGCCGUCUGAGGGGACGUAUAAUGCUGUUGUUGUUGCUUGUGUGAAGUAUGGGAAUGUUGAAGAGGCGUUGAGGGUUAAGGAUGAGAUGGUGAGCGUUGGGUUACCUGUGAAUGUGGUUGUUGCAAGAAGCUUGAUGAAAGGGUAUUGUGCGCGGGGAGAUGUGAGUCUUGCGGUGCAGUUGUUUGAUGAGAUUGUUGAGGGUGGUGUUGCUCCUGAUGCGAUUAUGUUCUUGAAUUUGAUUGACGGGUUUUCUAUGAUUGGGAAUAUGGAGAAGGCGUAUGAGUUUUACACUCAAAUGAAAGUUAUGGGAAUCCAGCCAACUGUCUCGAUUUUGAAUUCUCUGUUGAAAGGAUUCCGGAAACAGAAUUUGCUUGAAAAUGCGUAUGGAUUGCUUGAUGAGGCGGUUGAACUUGGUAUUGCUAAUGUUGUUACAUACAGCAUUGUUUUAUUGUGGCUCUGUGAAUCCAAUAAGGUUGACGAGGCUUGUAAAUUAUGGGACAAGAUGACGAGUCGGGGUAUUACACCUUCGCUAGUUUCUUACAACAACUUAAUACUUGGUCACUGCAAAAAGGGUUGCAUGGAUGAUGCGUAUAGUGUGUUGAAUGAUAUUCUUGAAAGGGGUUUGAAACCGAGUGUGGUUACAUACACUCUUUUAAUAAAUGGUUUUUUCAGAAAGGGUGAUUCGGAGAGAGCCUUUGUUGUGUUUGAGCAAAUGAAGGCUGCAAAUAUUACGCCUAAUGACUAUACAUUUAACACCGCUAUAAGCGGCUUGUGUAAAACUGGCCGCAUGUCUGAGACACAUGACAAAUUGAACAAUUUCAUUAAGCAGGGUUUUGUUCCUACUUCCAUUACUUAUAACAGCAUUAUAAAUGGAUUUGUCAAGGAAGGUGCGAUUGAAUCUGCAAUGUCUGCCUACCGGGAGAUGUGCGAAAACGGAGUUUCUCCGAAUGUUAUCACUUAUACUACUUUAAUUAAUGGAUUUUGCAAAUGUAAUAAGAUUGGUCUUGCUUUGGAAAUGCAUAAUGAUAUGAAAUACAAGGGUAUGGAAUUGGAUGUUACUGCAUAUAGUGCUCUCAUUGAUGGUUUCUGCAAGAUGCAAGACAUGGAAAGUGCAAGCAAAUUUUUCGCCGAACUUUUGGACGUUGGUUUGACUCCAAACACAGUUGUUUAUAACAGCAUGAUUAGUGGCUUCCGACAUUUGAAUAACAUGGAAGCAGCGCUUAACUUGCACCAGAAAAUGGUAAAGAAUAAGGUUCCAUGUGAUUUGCAGAUAUAUACCUCAUUGAUUGGUGGGCUUCUGAAAGAAGGUAAAUUGAGUUUCGCGUUAGAUCUUUACUCAGAGAUGCUUUCCAAGGGUAUCGUGCCUGAUAUCGUCAUGUAUACAGUUCUAAUAAACGGACUCUGUAACCAUGGACAGCUAAAAAACGCCGACAAGAUUCUAAAGGAGAUGAAUGGGAAUAAUAUUACUCCUUCGGUUCUUGUAUAUAACACUUUAAUUGCUGGACACUUUAAGGAGGGUAAUCUGCAAGAGGCUUUUAGACUGCAUGAUGAGAUGCUUGAUAAAGGUCUAGUGCCGGAUGAUACUACUUAUGAUAUUCUUGUAAAUGGAAAACUCAAGAUAUCACAUACUCUUGCUGGAGCUUAAUUCAAAUAAAUUCUAUUGCAAAUGAGUCUUGCAGAAAGUUAUUGAAUGGCUUGAAAUUGGUCCAAUCUUCCCAUUGUUUACAAUGCACCACCGACACUUUAGAUUGGAGGUGUGUCCAGCGUCUGACACCGACACAUGUGUUUGUAUUUCUAAAAUGGCGUUGACGUGUCAGUAUCAUGUCUGUGUUAUGGACUUGAAACUGUGGACCAAAACCCAAAACUCCGUUCACGACGUCUUCCAUAGAAGUUGUAUUUCUCUCAUUUUAUUUAUAGGUAUCAUUUUGUUAUCAUAGGAAGAGUAAGUUCUAUCAGUUAGAUUAUUUCUUUGGCAAGAGCAUAAUAAUGUCAUGGGCCAGAUAUUGGGCAGAGAAUGAAGCUUUUUGGUAGAAGCAGUUUCAUAUCGCUGCAGAGUGGCACAGAUUGUGGCUAUUAGCAAUGGGAAGACACACAAUUCAGGUGUGAUCUGAACAGUCUUGUUGUUUCCUUUAAUAUAUGGAUUACAUUUUUCCUUUCAUUUUGCAUGAGAGAGGAAAUGUUCUAA